CUGAGGACCUGAGGAAAACUUACUGCCUGCCUGAGAAGGACAUUUCGAAGGUUUUGUUGACUGGAAGAGGUGGCUCUCAAACCCCACCUCUAGAUCUUCCCAAGACUUGAAUGAGGACCAUGGGGGCAUGCAAGGUGACACCGUCUCUGGUCUUUGCCAUCACUAUUGCUGCAAUUGGCUCUUUCCAGUUUGGCUACAACACUGGAGUCAUCAAUGCUCCCGAGGUGAUCAUAAGAGACUUUCUCAACUACACUUUGUCAGAGAAGUUAGAUGAGACUCCAAGUGAGGGGUUGCUUACAACCCUCUGGUCGUUGUCUGUGGCCAUCUUCUCUGUGGGUGGAAUGCUUGGCUCCUUUUCCAUUGGACUCUUUGUCAACCACUUUGGCAGGCGCAAUUCAAUGCUUAUGGUCAACCUCUUGGCCAUCGCUGGUGGCUUCCUUAUGGCUUUCUGCAAGAAGGCUGAGUCUGUGGAGAUGCUGAUCCUGGGCCGCUUGAUCAUUGGCAUCUUUUGUGGACUCUGCACAGGUUUUGUGCCCAUGUACAUUGGAGAUGUGUCUCCCACCACUCUGCGGGGUGCCUUUGGCACUCUCCACCAGUUGGCCAUCGUUGUUGGGAUUCUGGUGGCUCAAAUCUUUGGCUUGAAAUUCAUCUUGGGGACUGAAAAGUACUGGCCUGUGCUAUUGGGUUUUACCAUCAUUCCAGCCAUCUUACAAAGUGUAGCCCUUCCAUUUUGCCCUGAGAGUCCUAGAUUCUUGCUCUUUAACAGGAAGGAAGAAGAGUAUGCUACAGAGAUCCUCCAGCGGCUGUGGGGCACCCUGGAUGUGUCCCAGAACAUCCAGGAGAUGAAAGAUGAGAGCGUUAGGAUGAGCCAGGAAAAGAAAGUCACUGUGCUGGAGCUCUUUAGAUCACAAGGAUACCGAGAGCCCCUCAUCAUUUCCAUCAUGCUGCAGCUCUCCCAGCAGCUCUCUGGGAUCAAUGCCGUAUUCUAUUACUCAACAGGAAUCUUCAAGGAUGCAGGUGUCCAGGAGCCAAUCUAUGCCACCAUUGGAGCAGGUGUGGUUAACACUAUCUUCACUGUGGUUUCUGUGUUUCUGGUGGAGAGGGUGGGAAGGAGGAGUCUGCACAUGAUCGGCCUUGGAGGGAUGGCUUUUUGUUCCAUCUUCAUGAUGAUCUCUCUGUUACUGAAGGACACAUACAGUUUCAUGAGCUACAUCUGCAUAGUGGCUAUCUUGAUCUACGUGGCCUUCUUUGAGAUCGGACCUGGUCCCAUCCCCUGGUUUAUUGUGACUGAACUGUUCAGCCAGGGACCCCGCCCAGCUGCCAUAGCUGUGGCUGGUUGUUCUAACUGGACCUCCAACUUUUUGGUUGCACUGCUGUUCCCCUUGGCUGCAGCCUCCUUAGGAGCCUAUGUUUUUAUUAUCUUUGCUCUUUUCCUCAUUAUCUUCUUGCUGUUCACCUUCCUCAAAGUCCCUGAGACCAGAGGUAGGACUUUUGAGGACAUCAGGCGGGCCUUCAAAGGGAGCACUCAGGAAGCCUCUGAAUCUGGGAAGAGCCCCACCAUGGAACUGAACAGCCUGCAGCCUGCAAAGGAGCCUGUCCCCAGCACCUAAACAGACCUCCUCCACUUCCCUCCUCCAGGACAGUGAACAGUGGACAGCCACCUCUCCCAGGGUUAGGCAUGGCUGGGAGAUUCCUCAGCAGGACAAACUGCUUCUGAGUGCUGCUACCCCAUCCAUCCCUGUCUUAUCCCUCAGUGAGCCCAGCUGGGUCAGCCUGUGACCAGUGGCUUCUUGAGUGCUUCAUUUCUUGGACCUGCUCUUCUGUUUAGGACA